CACACCAACUCCUAACCUCUCUCGAUGCGAUGCUUCUGGUUGUAACUUGAAAUCCGCAACUCGGCAGACUAAUCCUUACACAAACUAGCAAGAUCUUUGAUGUUUUUUUACGCUACGCCACUCCGCGAUUCCUUGCUAGCGUACCGAGACAGGAAAACAAAGGGAGCCCUGGUUCAGCUCUCCCUUCCCGAUGAUGCAGGGUGGAUUGUUCCGGUUUGAAUUCGUGCCUCAGUGCCUAAUCAAUGACAACGGCGGUUACUGGCCAGUGGAAUGUCUCGCUCAAAGUUCGCCAUCUCCACUGCUUCCAUAUUUCCUAUAUAUCCUCGGGUUCAGUCCAUGACUAGCAGACCGAAAAGUUACCUUAAGUUAACCUGCAUUGCCGGCGUUUCGUCUGCCCCAUUUAAUCAAACUAGAUAUCCAUAUUCCCCAUCUGUCUUCGGCUGGAACUAUCCCAUAAGCUAUCAUAACUAUAUCGUAUCCCGAAACUUGUCAACCUUAAGAACCAUGGCCGACCCCGUCCUGAGAACUGCUUCUCCCUACACUGAUCCAUCCGUGAAAGGCCCCAAGUCCCAGCAACUUACCAACGGUCACUCCCACUCUCUCCUCCAGCAAAGCAAGAUGAUUGCCAACAACAAAGUCAACAAGACCGCCCUCCACCCUAGCGGUGUAGAACCCCACCAUGAACGGGAACACACGGAACUAGAGGAGGAAUUACAUGAAAAGGCACACAUCGACUACGACAGAGUCGCUAUUAUUCCUAACCCAUCAGUUGCCGCCUUAUACGAAGAUGCCCUUGUAUACGAGAUGGGCUCAGCCAUUUCGUCGAGCGGUGCCUUGACAGCUUACUCCGGUGCAAAGACUGGCCGAUCACCUUCAGAUAAGAGAAUCGUCAGGGAGCCGUCAUCAGAAAAGGAUGUCUGGUGGGGACCCGUCAACAAGCCAAUGGCACCUGAGGUCUGGAAAAUCAACCGUGAACGCGCAGUUGAUUACCUAAACACCCGAACGAGAAUCUAUGUUAUCGAUGGUUAUGCAGGCUGGGAUGAGAAGUACCGAAUUCGUGUUCGAGUUAUCUGUGCUCGUGCCUACCAUGCCUUGUUCAUGCGCAACAUGCUCAUUCGCCCCCCUCGGGAAGAGCUUGAGCACUUCCACCCCGACUACACAAUCUACAAUGCCGGAAGCUUCCCAGCCAACAGAUACACCGAAGGCAUGACCUCGGGAACCUCAGUCGCCAUUAACUUUGCCGAAAAGGAGAUGGUCAUCCUCGGUACCGAGUAUGCAGGCGAGAUGAAGAAGGGUGUCUUCACCGUAUUGUUCUACGAAAUGCCCAUAAUCCACAACGUACUCACUCUUCACUCGUCUGCAAACGAGGGCAAGAAUGGAGACGUCACGCUUUUCUUCGGCUUAUCCGGUACCGGCAAGACCACUCUCUCAGCCGACCCUAACCGAGCUCUGAUUGGUGAUGACGAGCACUGCUGGAGUGAACGAGGUGUCUUCAACAUUGAGGGCGGUUGCUAUGCCAAGUGCAUUGGCUUGUCAGCUGAGAAGGAACCUGAUAUUUUCGGUGCCAUCCGCUUCGGCUCAGUCCUUGAGAAUGUCGUUUUUGACCAGGAAACUCGAGAAGUUGACUACGACGACGCUACUCUAACCGAGAACACAAGAUGUGCAUACCCCAUCGAGUACAUUAGCAACGCUAAGAUUCCCUGCUUGUCGGAAAACCACCCAAGCAACAUCAUUCUGUUGACAUGUGAUGCCCGUGGUGUAUUGCCGCCGAUAUCAAAACUCGACAGCGCCCAGACAAUGUUCCACUUUAUCUCCGGUUACACCUCUAAGAUGGCUGGAACUGAAGACGGUGUAACAGAACCUCAAGCGACUUUCUCCUCUUGCUUCGCUCAGCCCUUCCUUGCUCUUCACCCCAUGAGAUACGCAAAGAUGUUGGCGGACAAGAUAGAAAAGCACUCUGCUAACGCCUGGCUCCUAAACACCGGUUGGGUUGGUGCCGGUUACGUCCACGGUGGUAAGCGAUGCCCGCUCAAAUACACCCGUGCCAUCCUUGAUGCCAUCCACUCCGGCGAGCUUGCGAAAUCCCAGUACGAGACAUAUGAUGUCUUCAACCUCCAAGUCCCCACAUCAUGCCCUGGUGUCCCCGCAGAGCUUCUCAACCCCAAGACUGCAUGGACUGCGGGAGCGGACAGCUUCAACCAGGAGGUCAAGAAGUUGGGAGGACUAUUCAUUGAGAACUUCAAGAAGUACGAAUCGGAAGCCACCGACGAAGUCAAGGCGGCAGGACCAGUUAUUUAAAAGCAAGGCGCUUCACGGCAUCUUUUUUCUCUCGUCUCGUUUCCAUCGUUUAUAGGUUAGGAGUUGAGCAUCGUUUAUAUUUUUUGGCAUAUUUAUCUUGGGGAACGACGCAUCUGUGGAAUGAUUGGUACAUCGAUCCGCGCGAUACACCGGACGGGAAAGUAUGAGACAGCUCUAGACAAAGAACUGGACGUACAGAUUGAAUGCGGGGAGUUCCGAACAACUGCGCGCAACGGAUGAAUGAAAAGACCUGCGAAGGAUGCAGUGUUCGUUGAUGGAAGAAUUACAAUCGGGUUUAACUAGAUUUUCUUCCAAGUAAAUAAAGGUUUAGGAUAUAAUAGAACAAAUUUCAAUGUUCUUCUGAAUUGUCAUUUGAAGCUUGUGUCUUGAG